AUGACUGAUGCCCAUGUCCGCAGUCUGCUCCCGGGCAGCAUGUUUGGCUUGGCAGACGACCUGUUCCAGCGCGGUCUAUGGAGCGUCGCCCGCGAACAGACCCUGCGCAGCAAGGAAUUUGUCGCAUCGCCCGAAUUUGAGCGCUUCCAGCUCGAGCAGAUGCGCAUGUUCCAGGCGGACGUGCCGCCCAACACCCUGGCGCCCUUUGACGCCGAGCUGCGCUUGUGGGAGGUGCUGCAGCACCGUUUUCGUUGUGGCCUGGACGACCUGUUUCGGUACGGGCUGCGGCCGCACCUCCCAAGCCAACGAGGGGGCGAUGGAGGCAAUGCCGGGUUCGUUGACUAUUGCGCCAAGCUGACGGCCAUCCUGGUCCACCCGCUGUGGACGCCCGACAUUGCACACGUCCGCUGGCUGCUGCAGCGGAUUGUACAGGAACGCGUGCCGGGACAUGCGCGGCCACUGGUGCCGCCGUACUCGUACGACAAACGGCCGUUUGCAGACACGGCGCGGCAGUGGGGAUUUGACGCGAGCAUGCGGAUGGCGUUGGCCGGCGAGCCAGAGACCGAAACGGCGUCAAGCGACGACAACAGCUUCCUUCGUCGGCUUGCCAUUGCGUCCCGUGAGGCAGCACACGCCGCCGCAGAGGCCGAGGCGGAGCUGGCAUGGUUCUUUUUCUCUGUCAGCGCGCCGCGCGAUCUGUGGUUCCUUGACCGGCAUCUGUGUCCCCAGAACGAGCCAGGCAGUGGUGACGACGGAGGUGGUGGUGACAGUAAGGACGUUGAUAUGAACGUUGAUGUGGACGGCGAAGAGGAAGAUAUGGAGACCGAAGAAAACCCCUUUGGACUUACAGUCUGCGACAGCAUCCUGCAGGGCCACUUUGGCCAACUCGCGGACGUUUACGAAGACGAGGCCACGGUGCGCCAGGAUGGCCGGCGGCGGGAAGACAAUCUAGUGCACCGGACAGGUGGGCGGCAUACUCGACGCUCUCCAGGUGGUGGCAACGACGCUGGCGCCGACGACCUCCGCGACGACCAAGUAUUCUUCGAUCUGCGCCUCCAAGACCUCGACCGACUGCUGCGGCUGCUGGCUACCGCUGAGUUUCUCCGUCGCACCGGCUUUGUCACGCCCGAAUGCUACUAUGGCGGCUAUGUCAAAGCGCACCACAUCCAUGGCUAUGGAGAAGAUGGGCAAGACAAGGAGAAGGUGCCGCGCUUGACCUGCCGACAGUGUACACAAAAAUACCACCAAGGUGGGGGAGGCGAUGCAGCUGACGAGAGCGACGAAGAGCCCCAACACCACCACAAUCAUGAUCUUGAUCACGAUCACGAGCAUGACCACGAAAACGACGCCCUCGGCCACGAUGACCAUGGCCACCACCUCCACCAGCAGUUUGUCCGCGACGUCGAGCCACAUCGCGCCCUGGAGUGGCUGCUCCAGAAAAAGUGCGAGUGGCUUCUGGCCGGUUGCCGUGAGCGCCUGAUCCGGGCGUCGCUUGCCGAGACAGAGGCCUUCGACAGUGCUGCGACGGGAGGAAACCGUGCCCUUCUCCCCGACAUUCCGCCCUUUGAUCCGCCGCCGCUGGCCCUGCUGGACCGCGUGUUUACGCACUCGUCGCAGCUGGCCGUUCUGGAGCGGGCGCAAGACGUGCCACACGCUUCUGUACUCUGGUGUCUACGGCAGAAUUAG